AUGCGAGUCGCGACCACUUCCCGGACAAACACGCCUGAGGCUGCCACCAAGGAAAGUUCAAAAUUUGAUGAACACUUGAAAUGUUUUCAAAUUGUCCUCGAAAACCUGGAUCAAUGUCGGAAGGACGAGAGUCUGAUUGCGUCUCGCCUCCUGCAUCCCUCAUCUCGCGAUCCCGCUCGGAUUCUAGAACUGUUGUGGAAAAUCCAAAGAAAUGAGUCUCUCGUUGGACUUUUGGCUCGCGGAUUCGAUCGUCAUCAAGCCAGAACAAACUCUCCGACUUCAGCAUCUCCUUUGCCAUCAAACUUACCCAAAUUAACCAAUGAAACCAAACUCAAGCGGCGUGUUCACCUGGUGAAACUCUCCAUUUUGUGGAUGCAAAUACAUUGUCUUCAGACGAUAUUAAAUGACCUUACAAAAGAUCACAAUCAUCAAGUAUUUCAAUGCCACCCUAGUCAACAAGUUUUGAAACACUAUUUUAGCCUCUCAGCAUCUAGCUAUCACUGCACUACUCCAUCCCCAUAUCUAUCACGCCUGCUGACCACCCCUUCUUGUGCGAACGCUUUCGUGGGUGCUGGAGAGGACUUCUUCAAGAUUUGGGAAGCUUUACCUGACCAUUUGACAAUACGACCUCAAGCACGAUUAGCGACUCGAGUUGCAAAUUUUCCCCACCUAUCGGCUCAACUCGACCUAUUAGCCCAAGCCUUGAAUGUCUCCGAAACAUACUCAGACCCUCUCGAUUUGAUCAAGUCAUGUGCCCGUGCAUUGAUUCGUCAGACACUUGACUGGACACUGGACGCCUACCAUAAUGCAACAAACGUCGCCAGAAGGGCAUCACUUUUUGCCUCUCGUCCAUCUCCCCUCUCAAAUCAAGCCGAGCCCCGAGUGAAUCCCACAAUUGAAUCUGAACUGCCUACGAUAUCCCGCCCCACAGUCCAAAAUAACCCCACUGAAUCCCAACAGACAAAUCACAUUACUCAGUCACCCUCCCAAUCUGUUCAAACUCCAAACAAAUCAAUUGUACCCAGUCGCGAUCGAUCAAACUCUCCUAUAAAUAAAAAUCAUCGGGCUCAAACGCCAAAAAGCCCCGAUCGAUCAAGCCCUUCUGUCAAUCAAAGCCAUCGGGCUCAAACGCCCAAAAGCCCUGGCGAGCACCCGCUACUCUCUCACUCGAAAAACCAAGAUGCUACUAGCAACCCAGUUCUCUUCCAACCAGCGCCGGAUUGCUUGGCCACGACAGAUGCCGGACAAGUGGAUGGCCCUGCAACCCCCCAAAGUUCACUCCAAAAGACCAACGAUCCUCGGAAUCAGGAUCUGACGCCUCUCUCUCAAACUAUAAAUGGCUCACUAGCACCAGAAGACACUCAAUCAAUCCUAUCUGUACCUGCAACGCAGGGACAGCUCGCCCCUGGACAUUCGGACGAAGUAUCAUCGACAAAUGCUAGCCCAUCAACUCGCCCGAUAACUGACCAGGAUUCGUCUGAAAAAACCAACGGUCCUUGUGAUCAAGGGCUGUCGCUUCCCUUUCAAAAUCUCAAUAGCUCGCCAGCACCAAACAAAUCACAUUCAACCCUCCCAAUAACCGAAGGACGGACCGCCGCAAAUGAUUCUGUUGAAACAUUAUCUUCAACUGACAAACACCUGGGACCGCGUCCAGAAACACCUCAAACCUGUGUUGGCGAGGAAUCUAAUCUCCAGCCUACGCCAGAACCAUCUCGAGUCCCUUCGCAGAUAACUGGAUCGCUGACCCAUGUCGUUGUGACAGGCGCCGACCAAAAACACCUCAGCCCUUUAUUGACGAGGAGUCUAAUCUUCAGCCUGCGGCAGAACCAUCUCGAGUGCCUUCACUAUUUGUCCGAACAUCCGAGAUUACGCGUCCACCGGAACCUCCAACACGCGCUAUUAUCGAAAGUGCGACAUUCUAUGGGGCCUCUCACGGAUGGGAGUGUUGCAAAUGCAGAGGACCCAAGGGACAAACCGACCAAUAGGAAGCGGCGACGAUCAACAGAUUGUGGAGGUCAGGCGAGGCAAAAACGACAGCACCUUGAUCCGAUCGUGGAAUUCGAGAAUCAGAAAUCCUCCAAGAAGAUCUUAAAAGAAUUCCGAGACAGUCCACGAUUAUCAAGUGCAUUCGAACAAGCGAGGAGCAUGGCCCUCCAGAACAACUCCGAAGCUAAUGACGAUCCUGAUCAUGAAUCAGAUCACUCCAGCGGCUCUGAAUCGACCGAGAACAGUAGCGUAGCCGAUGAUCAGGAUGUGGAAUUGGACCCUUCAAUUGUUGAAAAGUUGAAAGCCAAUGCAGCCCAAUUCGGGAAACAAGAGACAAGUAUCUUUGCCAGAUUGAUGGUGCUAGCUGCCGCUGGAUGGAAAACCAUUAAAUAA